GUGUACAGUACGUGUACUUCACCACCACCCCAACGAUUUCAACAGAAGAGCGUCCCAAGAGGCGAAUUGUCCAAGUCCUUCCAAUCAAGACUUCGAAUCGCCUGAAAUCACUAUCCGUGGUAAUUGAGACCGACCAGCGGCUACAAGGACCUUUUUUUUUUUAGCAUCCCCGGGCGCUUAAGCACUGGCCUCCGACCGUAUUGUAAGUCAUUGCGCUACUACUAGCCAGCCCAUCCUACAAGCGAUCUGGACAUCGAAUCGCACUGAGCCAGCGCUUCCUUCUCCCCCACAAGCAUGGCACAGUUCCAGAUUCUUUCCGACCUACACCUCGAGAACCCGCGAGCAUACGACCUCUUCGGAAUCACCCCGACCGCGCCCUACCUAGCCCUGCUGGGGGACAUCGGCAACGUCAAAGAUGAUGGCUACCUGCAAUUCCUCGAAGCCCAGCUUCACCGCUUCAAGAUCGUCUUCCUCGUCCUGGGCAACCACGAGCCCUUCGAUGCCAGCUGGCCGGCCACACGCGAACGCCUGCAGCAAUUCUCCGAGAAGAUCCAGGACCGGCGCCAAAGGGCAGCGACGACGUCGUCGCAGCUGGGGGAGUUCGUCCUCCUCGAUCGCACGCGGUACCGCCUCACGCCCCAGGUGACAGUCCUGGGCUGUACAUUCCACUCGCGCGUGAGUGAGGAUCAGGAGGAGACCGUCAGCCACGCCCUGAACGACUUUCACUACAUCCAGGACUGGACGGUCGAGCAGCACCGUGCGGCCCACGAGGCCGAGCGUGCCUGGCUCAACGACCAGGUCACCGACAUCGCCCGUGACGAUCCGCAUCAUCGCAUCGUCAUCUUCAGCCAUCACAGCCCGACCGUCGCGGUGGCGGCCGUGGACCCGCGCUACGCCGACAGUCCGAUCACGUCGGCGUUCGCGACGGACCUCAUCGGAGAGCCGUGCUGGGAGCGACCGCAGGUGCGCCUGUGGGCGUUCGGGCAUACGCAUUACAACUGCGACUUCACGGACGAUCGGUCCGGGAAGCGGAUUGUGGCGAACCAGAGGGGGUACUACUUUGCGCAGUCCAUCAAAUUCGAUCCCGCCAAGGUGUUUUGCGUGUGAUUGGGUGUUUAGGGUUGAUGAUUUUGAAAGUCAUUUUCUGUUUGAUUUGGAGUUUUUGUUUUUGUUUUGAUUUGGUGUUAUUUUUUUAAUAUAUAGAUUAGUAUAGUAUAUUCAUAGCGAC